AUGCGGGGCGGCGAGGAGCUGGACGGCUUCGAGGGCGAGGCCUCGAGCAGCUCCAUGAUCUCGGGCGCCAGCAGCCCGUACCAGCCCACUACCGAGCCCGUGGGCCGGCGCCGCGGGCUGGCCGGCCUGCGCUGCGACCCCGACUACCUGCGCGGCGCGCUCGGCGGCCUCAAGGUCGCCCAGGUGAUUCUGGCCCUGAUCGCGUUCAUCUGCAUAGAGACCAUCAUGGAGUGCGCGCCGUGUGAAGGCCUCUACUUUUUUGAGUUUGUGAGCUGCAGUGCGCUCGUGGUGACUGGAGUCUUGCUGAUUCUGUUCAGUCUCAACCUUCACAUGAGGAUCCCCCAGAUCAACUGGAACCUGACAGAUUUGGUCAACACUGGACUGAGCACUUUCUUUUUCUUUAUUGCAUCGAUCGUCCUGGCUGCUUUAAACCACAAAGCCGAAGCAGAGAUCGCUGCCGUGAUAUUUGGCUUCUUGGCAACUGCAGUGUAUGCGGUGAACACAUUCCUGGCGGUGCAGAAGUGGAGAGUCAGCCUCCGCCAGCAGAGUGCCAAUGACUACAUCCGGGCCCGCACCGAGUCCAGAGAUGUGGACAGCCGCCCCGAGAUCCAGCGCCUGGACACGUGAGGCCCUGCCAGAGCCUCCUCCCGCUCUUGCCCUGUGCCCGUCCUUUUAGUCAGGCUUUCUGUCCCUUGUCACGUCAGCUCUUCGUGUGAUUCAGUUGAAAUUUGUCUUUUAUGGUAAAAGUUCAUUCUGGGAGCAGGUUCUCCGAGUGGCCCUGUUCGUGGGUACGUGAGGCUGGGAGCCCCACGCAGGGGUGUUGAGACAGGAGUGGGCAUGAGAGACCCGCGGGUCCCCCAGCACUCGUGGCCGCGGGCGCAGCUGGCCUUGUGGCGGCCGCGCCCCUGGGGUCUUCACUGCCCCGGAGCACAGGCUUCACAGACUGCCCACCCUGCUGUGUGUAUUCGUACAUGUCAGGACUUGGGAUCAAAUGGGGCUGCUGAGGGGGCCGCGGGCAGGAAAAUCACCACAUGGAGGUGGGACCAACCAGCAGCAGCGAUUUUUGGGCCCCCGAGUCACCUUCCAGGCCCGUGUGUCGUCCUGCUGUGCAGUCCUGCCCGCUGCCCGUCUUCCCGCCCGCGGUUCGAGACGGCGGCACGGCCGGA